AUACCUCCUCCUCUGAUUUUUCUGGCUCUAAUAUUCCGCUUCCUUGUAGUUCUAUUAGUUUUUCGUCUAAUAUCGCGUACCAGUUGUACUUUUUGAAAUUGCGUGAAACUGUAGAAAAGCUAAGUACCCUUCGAUUUCAAUGAUUUUUGGAUAUGUACAUACAAGAGCUGAACUCGCUUAGCUUUCGUGAUAUUGGAGAAAAGGCGCCGGUACCGCUACACCGGUAUUGCUGCCUAGUACAGUCGUACGCCUGUCGCAGUAAAACAGGUCGGUAUUAUUUACCGACCGCCGGCUGCUUAUCUUCUGUUUGUACACGAAGAUCGGGCGAGCUUAACGACUCCGUGCAGAACGUACGCAUGCAAGACUGUAAGAAACGGCUAUUAUAAUUCAUUUAAAAAUGAAUAUCAUCAAUGUAUUCGGUUUUAGGCUAGUUGUUUCCUCAAUUUGGCCGUCGCGAGACUGCCGGCAACGCUUGCGUAAAAAGAAAAAAAAAAAAGAUAAAUUCAACGAUAUAUCUGAGACACGUGACACAUAUCAUACUUACGAUGUACCGCAACGCGGUACGGUAGAAACGAGUCACAAAAACAAACAAAUUUUCAAAAUCAACGUGACACGAUUUGCCGUUCGAUUCUAUAUUUUUCAUAGAUUAUGUAUGAUAUUUAUCUAGUGGUACUAUUCUAAGGGGUGUCUUGAAAAAAAGAACUCAAGAUUAACUUUUGACAAAUAAGUUGAGUAAGGUCCAUCGUAGUGUACAGUCAUGCUGUUUGUUUCUUCACGUCAUACCGACAGAUGGAUUUUAUUUUUCUUAGAUACUGUAAUCUUGUCGAAUCAUUGUUCGCCAAAUCCAUAUUCGUUCAAUUGUUCUUUAACGUUGUCUGCCUUAGCAUUGCAGGAGUCGAAACUGUAAUGAAACUAGGCAAUGCAGCUGAUACGAUACGAUUUGGAUCAUUUACAUUCGCGCAAGUUGCUCACAUAUUCGUCCUCUGCCUUCCUGGGCAAAGAUUAUUGAAUCACAGCGAAGAGGUGUACAACGCGGCAUGCGAUGCUAUGUGGUAUAUAUUUCCUAAAAAGUGUCAUAAUUUAUAUAAAUUUUUACUCGCAAGGACUCUAAUAUUUAGCAAAAUCACAGCUUUCAAAGUAGCGACCAUGUCAAUGGAAACUUUUCUCGCGAUUAUUCAAACAGCAAUGAGUUAUUUUACCGUGUUGCUUUCAACUACAUGAACUUUUAAUGAAAUUAAAAAGCAAUAUAUUUUAGUUGCAUAUUUAAUAAAGAUCGUAGGGGUUUGAUAGAUAAAGAGAUUGCUUUCAUUUUAUUUCUGCGAUAAAUAUAAGGAUACGUUUUAAAAAAACUCAGGAUAACAACUGGCAUGUUCAGCAACGCCAGUAUUAGAAAUAGAAAGUAAAACACAAAACAAUUAUGUAUUAAAGUAAAGGUAAAGGUAAUAUAUGGUGCACGCACAUUGAAACUCGCACUUUAUCUUGACUUUGAUCUCCUUCUUGGUUUUUCCUUUUUCCUCGUUGCGUUGCGGUGAUUGAAUUUUUGAAUGCAAAGAUUCGGUAAGUACAGAUAAGUGUAUACGCGCGUUGUUCCUCUCGAGGUACAUACAUAUAUGUAGCGACGGUUAGUGGAUUUUAUAGCAUACUGCAUGCUACGUGUACAUCAUGUAAUCAUAAACAAUCUCGAAUUAUUAAAUCGGCUUGACGAUUUUUUCUCGUCUUCGAACAUGCCAAUAACCCUAGGCAUUGCGUAUGGGGCAGCUUUGCUUCCCUUCUUUAUCCGAGCUAUGAUCAAAUCAGGAGUAGUUGAUCCCAGUAUUUUAAUUUGAAUUUUUUUUCCAAAAGUUUGCAUAGAAAAUGGUUGUCUCAACGAAAAAUCCACGGAAUCCAUUUUAAGAAACCAGUUUAAGAUCGUUUUAAAAAGAAGAUUCGGUCGAAGCUGUAGAAAGACUGACUAGGCUUCGAUUUCGAUGAUAUUUCGACAUGUUGUAGAAAUCAAUAUUUCAAUCAACUUUUUCCUACACACAUAAGGGGCGAACUCGCAUAAAUUUCGUCGAGAAAUAUUCGCGAAAAGUUACCAGUAUCACUGCAGUGAAUACUACUUACAGUUGGGUAACAUCUGUGGCAGCGUAUGCAUUAGUUGAGUUUAACUAAACUAAGUAAGACGACAUUAAAAUUAUAUGCAACACAGAGAAGUCGACAUAGACGCAAUAGCGUCGUAACAAAGGCAAUACGUCGAUUGGAUCUUUUAUACGAUAUUGAAUUUAUUCGAAAGUAUUAGAAUAGUUUAUUGGACAAAGUGAUCGAUCCGAACUCUACGUAGUUCAUAACGGUGACUCGGCCGUCUGACGAGCGCAUGUUCCACUGUUGCAGAGUUUUUCGUUGGUCGGAACUAUGUAAGAUAUUUUGUGUAUAUGGAAAUUUAACGCAAAGGUUUGUUUUUCUUUGUAUAAAUUGCCCUGCGAGCAUGGAUGGACGAUGCAUCUGGAGAAAUGGACUGUGACGAAUAACAACGAGCAGCAAGAGGAUUAACAAGAGGAAGAAGGAAAAGAGCGUUUAAUCGCUGAUAAUGAGAAAAUGUAUUAUCUCGUUGGUUGCGUGCGAGCGUGGGAGAAAAAGUAUGAAACGAGGAAAGGGCAGAAAGAAGUAACUCGUAAAUGUGUAAAUUAGAUGUGUAAAUAAAAGCGUUUGGAAAUGUGAAACGUUUUGCGUAAAGCAGGUAAUGAUAAGAGCGUAAAAAUAUAGGGUGAAAAGACGAGGUGUGUAACAAAGAUGCGUAAAUAAAAUAAACGCGUUCCUAACUU